UUGUUAGCCACCUCUCGACCUCUUAUAGUUGGGAUUACGGUUUUCUAUGUGAAUUUAGCGAAGACAGAAGAUAUUCAGGAUGUGCGUGUUGGUCGACAUCGUGAUAAACUUGAACUGAUCCGUGAUUCCUUACGACCUUUCGAGCAGACCGGCAGCGAUGCCUCUGCUGCGACACCGGAGCAAAACAUCACACAUGCGGAAUCGCAUUCGCCCGUAGUGGAUCCGUCAGUGAAUUCUGGGAUUUUGGAACAACAGCGUGCAAUGGUUGAUAAUCUCAUAGCACAGGGAUAUGAGCAGGUGCGUGUGUAUAAUUUCACAAUUUUCUUAUAG